AUGGCAGCCAGCAUCCUCGACUACGAAGAACAUCUCAACUGCACUAUUGUCGACCAACUGAUGAAGCGCUACUACCUGCCUGUCUGCUACAGCGUCAUCUUUGUGGUGGGCCUAGUGGGAAACAUCACUGCCAUUGGCAUCUACCUGACGAAGCUGCGCCCCUGGAAGAGCAGCAGCAUCAUCAUGGUCAACCUGGCGCUGACGGACCUCCUCUACGUGCUCAGUCUGCCCUUCCUGGUCUACUACUACAGCAACGGGGAAUCAUGGACCCUCGGUGACUUCAUGUGCCGCUUUGUGCGCUUUGGUUUUCAUUUCAACCUGUACGGGAGCAUCCUCUUCCUGACGUGUCUCGCAGUGUUCCGUUACGUGGUGGUGAUUCAGCCUCUGAGGGCCGCUCAGGUGCAGCAGAAGGUUUGGGGAAUAGUUGCGUGCACAGCCGUCUGGAUCAUCACUGCUGCCGAAGUCACACCAAUGUUGACGAUGAUAUCCUUGGAUAAACGCAACAACAAGACCUACUGCUUGGACUUUGCUAGCGCCAUACCUGUCCACCUGCGCUGGUACGGCAGGCUGCUCACUGCAAUCGGAUUUCUACUUCCCCUUGUGGUAGUAUCCAUGUGUUACGUCGGUAUCGUGAAGCAGUUAGCGAAUGGGCUCUCCACGUCCAGUCCGUUCAGGAAGCGUGCGCGGCACGUGACCGUGUUGAUCCUGGUGGUGUUUGUGGUGUGUUUCCUGCCUUAUCACAUCCUGCGUAUUUUGCGGAUAGAUACUAGAACGACGUCAUGCACGGUGGAGCGCAUCGUGCAUGCAGUGUAUAUUAUCUCUAGGCCUCUGGCUGGUGUCAACACGUUUUCUAACCUGGCUCUGUACACUCUGUCAGGGGAUAAGUUUAGGAGGGCCUUCAUCAGCCCUUUUUACCCUGAAAACUGGCUGACAAAGGUUAGGUCAGUGCUCCACCUGGCCAUCAUCAGCCAGGCAGGCCCUGACAUGCCGGCUGACCACUGA